UGCGUGCCUGCGGGAAAUGUUCUGUGGAAAACCUACGCCAGCAUGGCCAACAUUGUGUGCAUUCUUUCCAGCUUGGUGAUCUUGCUUGCAGUGCCGCGCUCGGUGGAUAUGCGCCUGUUUAGCAUCGACUACGACAACAACACCUUUGUGAUGGAUGGUAAACCCUUCCAGUACGUGGCCGGCUCGUUCCACUACUUCCGCGCGCUGCCCGAAAGCUGGGCAUCCAUCUUGCGGUCGAUGCGGGCCGCCGGUCUUAAUGCAAUUACAACGUACGUCGAAUGGUCCCUACACAACCCAAUGGAAGGUGUAUAUCACUGGCAAGGAAUGGCCGAUAUAGAGCAUUUUAUCGAGCUAGCUGAUAACGAAGGACUGUACGUUAUUCUACGCCCCGGGCCAUACAUUUGCGCUGAGCGGGAUAUGGGCGGAUUCCCGUCAUGGUUGCUACACAAAUAUCCCGACAUACUGCUGCGAACGAACGAUAUCAGGUAUCUGCGGGAGGUACGGACCUGGUACGCUCAGCUGCUAUCCCGACUGCAGCGAUUCCUCAUCGGUCAGGGUGGUCCGAUCAUCAUGGUGCAGGUGGAGAACGAGUACGGCUCGUUCUAUGCGUGCGAUCACAAGUACCUGAACUGGUUGCGUGACGAGACGGAAAGAUACGUGAUGGGUAAUGCGGUACUGUUCACCAACAAUGGACCAGGGCUGGAGGGAUGCGGUGCUAUAGAGCACGUUCUUAGCUCGCUUGACUUUGGACCGGGAACAGAGGACGAAAUUAAUGGAUUCUGGGCCACGCUGAGGAAAACCCAGCCGAAAGGACCGUUGGUCAAUGCGGAGUACUAUCCGGGAUGGUUAACGCACUGGCAGGAAUCUCAUAUGGCUCGCACCGAUACCAAGACGGUCGUGGACAGUUUGGACUUUAUGUUACGUAGCAAGGUAAAUGUAAACAUCUACAUGUUUUAUGGAGGAACGAACUACGGGUUUACGGCGGGAGCUAACAAUAUAGGUGCGGGAGGAUACGUGGCGGACAUCACUUCGUACGAUUAUGAUGCUCCGCUAGACGAAUCAGGUGAUCCAACGCCAAAGUAUUUCGCUCUUCGUGAAACGAUUUUGAAGUACUUCCCCAAGCCCGAUGUGCCUGUUCCAGAGGCGGCACCGAAAAUCCAACUUCCACCCUUGACAAUGAUGCGACUGGGAAGCCUACUUGAACCCUCACUGCUGAACCGUCUCUCCACACAAACCGUCACCGCUCAUCUGCCCAUGUCGUUCGAGGCGUUAAACCAAAUCUCCGGCUUAGUGCUGUACGAGGCACUCAUACCGGACGACAUCAAGACGGACCCACGCAAACUCAUCGUCGAGGGUGUGCACGAUCGGGGCUACGUGUUUGUUGGCGAUCAGUUCGUUGGUGUUCUAUCGCGCGAAAACCAAAUCAACACACUUCCGGUCGCGCUGGAUGCCGGUCAAACGUUGCGCAUUUUGAUCGAGAACCAGGGACGUAUCAACUUCGGCAUUGCGAACGAUUCGAAAGGAAUUGUGGAAAAGGUGUACGUGAACAUGCGGGAAUUUUUCAACUGGACCAUGUACAGUUUGCCGUUAAGUGAUUUUAAACCGAUCGUACAUGCCAUAAGGCAUCACCGGAAGCAGCAACGGAGACAUAACGGGGGCACUGAUGUGUCGAGGGGUACUCCAAUGUCCGUAUACUACUCGAUUUUUGACAUCGAAGGAAAUCUCACGGACACUUACCUCGAUCCGUCCGGAUGGGGCAAAGGUGUGGUUUUUAUUAACGGGUUCAACAUUGGCCGCUAUUGGCCAACGGUUGGUCCGCAGGUAACACUAUACGUGUCGAAACAUUUGCUUACACCGAAAAACAAUUACCUUUCCAUUAUCGAGUAUCAGAAGGAGUUUGAAUCGAUUCCAUCGUUAAAGUUCUCCAAAACGCCGAUAUUUAACUGA